AUGAGCAGAUUCAUCCAGUUGGCGGCGGCUGUGGCAGCAACCCUGUCCACUGGAACAGCUGCCACGGGUGAUUUCUCGGUUCUGACUGGCGAGACUAGUCGCCAAAACAACGAAAGCCUGUUCUGGGGGCCGUAUAAGCCCAACCUAUAUUUUGGUGUCCGUUCUAGGAUUCCAGAAAGUUUGUGGACGGGGUUGAUGUGGGGGAGAAUCGAACAGUACAACGACGUUAAGGAUGGACUGAGAUAUACUUGCGAACAAGGCGAAGACAUUCAUGGCUACGGAUGGGACGAGUACGACGCACGAAGUGGUGGCAUUCAAACCAUUCACGACGAAGGCAACAAGAUUGACAUUACAACGUCGUUUAUCAAAGUCCCUGGUGGAAGCAAUGGUGGCAGCUGGGCUGUCAGGAUCAAGGGUCAACUUCAUGAGAAUGCGCCUGCGGACCAUAAGACUGUCGUUUACUACUACAUCGCACAAGAGGGGAAAGGCGAGCUCGUGCCACAAGGUGAAGGCGACGAACUCGGAUAUAGGGGCGAUGCGACGUUCCUUGGAAACUCGGAGGCUUUAGGUGACUACAAGAUUGUUGUCGCCGAAGGCAGUGGCAAGCAUCCCGCUGGGAACCAUGAGAUUUCCACUUCUCGACCUGGUGAUGUUACUUUGGUGCAUAGCGCUGAAGUUUCGGACGACGCCAUCUGGCAGGCCGUGCCUUUGCUGUUCCAAAAGCUGCAACCCGCAGCUAUGGCCGUGCAGGAAGAGUACGGCAUGGAGAACCCCCCACCUGCAUGGCAGGUCUAUCGCAUGGCACACCGGCCUGGAAAGGGUAACUCGCAUAUUACUCAGAGAACAUAUGAGGGCUCAUUUGAGUUUGACGUCAUUUUCUCAUCUGCGUCUACCGGCAAGGAGUUGACCAAGGAAGAUGUCACAGAAGCCAUCGCAAGUACAUCCAACGCCUUUGCAGAUAGGUUUCCGAGCAUCUUUGAGCUUAAGACACCGUUCAAGACCGAAAAGUACCAGCAAUUCGCCAAAAACAUGUUCUCCAACCUUCUGGGUGGUGUAGGAUACUUUCACGGAAAGCAGAUGAUUGAUCGAUCGUAUGCGCCAGAAUACGAGGAGGAGAAUGAGGGCUUUUGGGAGGAAACUCGUGAGGCCAGAGAACGUCAAGCACAGACACUCGAAGGACCGUAUGAGCUGUUCACUAGUGUCCCCUCCCGGCCCUUCUUCCCGCGGGGCUUUCUUUGGGAUGAAGGAUUUCACCUGAUUCCGAUUGCCGAUUGGGACAUUGAUUUGACGCUCGAGGUAAUUACGAGCUGGUAUAACACGAUGGAUGAGGAUGGCUGGAUUCCCCGAGAGCAGAUUCUUGGCCCGGAAGCUCGCACCAAGGUUCCCGCGGAGUUUCAAGUUCAGUAUCCACACUAUGCCAACCCGCCCACGCUCUUUCUUGUGAUCGAGGAGUUCAUGGAGCGCCUCCGCAAGACCAACGGCACGCAACCGUCAGGUAAGGAGAAGUUGGCGCAAGAAAGGAAACACUCCCUGCACACGGCACAUUUGGACAAUGUGGAGCUGGGUGAGGAUUAUCUUCGAAAGAUCUACCCUCUCCUGAAGAGACAAUAUAACUGGUUCCGCAAAACACAGCGCGGAGAUUUAAAGGGCUACGACCGGGCGGCGUAUUCGUCAAAAGAGGGCUACAGGUGGCGAGGGAGAUCCGAGUCACAUAUCUUGACGAGUGGACUGGACGACUAUCCACGCCCACAGCCACCACACCCUGGGGAGCUGCACGUCGACCUCAUGUCGUGGGUUGGUUUGAUGACAAAGUCGCUGAAGAACGUUGCCGAAGCCCUUGAGAUGGAGGAAGAUGUGGCGGAUCUGGCGAAGAACUUGGAUGCAAUCGAACAUAAUCUCAACGAUUUGCAUUGGUCAGAAAAGGACGGAUGCUUUUGCGAUGCCACAAUCGAUGCUUUUGAGGAACACCAACUUGUCUGCCACAAGGGUUACGUGUCACUGUUCCCUUUCAUGGUAGGGCUGCUCAAGCCAAGCGACCCGAAGCUCGGCAAGACCCUGGACCUGAUCGCCGACGAGGAAGAGCUCUGGAGUCCGCACGGUAUCCGCAGCCUCAGCAAGCAGGAUGAAUUUUAUGGAACAGGCGAGAAUUAUUGGCGCAGUCCAAUCUGGAUGCCUAUGAACUACAUGAUAGUCAAGCAGCUGCAGAGUGUCGCAAAGCAAGAGGGUCCGUACCGAAGCAGGGCACGCGAAAUGUACAAGAAGCUCCGAAAGAAUCUCGUGGACACAGUAUACAACAGCUGGAGGGAGACGGGAUUCGCAUGGGAGCAAUACAACCCCGAAACUGGAGCUGGACAAAGAACGCAGCACUUCACCGGCUGGACGAGUCUGGUGGUGAAGAUUAUGGCAAUGGAUGAUUUGAGCCAACACGGUCGGGAUGAGCUGUAG